CAGAGAAAAUCUAGUCGGAGAACAACCGCCGGAUCUCAUCCCAAUCGCCGCCGUUUAACCGCAAUUUGGUUUCUUCUUAUGAAUAAAGUCAACAGAUCCGACGCCGUUUGACUCGCCGGAGCUCGGUCUUCGUCAACUUUUAGCUAGAUCCGGAACCGCAGUACCGAACGGGAGGGAUUUUGGUUGGAUCAAAGGUCGAGAUGGCGCCGAGCACGAUUCGUAGAGCGAUCGGGACUGUUAAAGACCAGACUAGCAUUGGUAUAGCGAAGGUAGCUGGCAACAUAGCGCCGGAGCUGGAGGUGGCGAUCGUGAAAGCCACCAGCCACGACGACGACCCCGCCGGCGAGAAGUACCUACGGGAAAUUCUCAGUUUGACAGCCUAUUCGCGCGAGUACGUGCACGCUUGUGUGUCGGCGGUGUCCAAGCGACUUGGGAAGACGCGUGACUGGAUUGUUGCCCUGAAGGCGCUUGUGCUCGUGCAUAGGCUCUUGAACGAUGGGGAUCCGGUGUUCCAGGAAGAGAUCAUGUACGCCACCAGAAAAGGCACAAGGCUGUUGAACAUGUCGGAUUUUAGAGACGAGGCGCAUUCGAGUUCUUGGGAUCAUUCUGCCUUUGUGAGAACUUAUGCUCUGUACUUGGAUCAGAGACUUGAGCUGAUGCUUUUCGAGAGAAAAAGUGGUGGUGGUGGUGGUGGUGGAGGAAGUAGUCAUGGUAAUGGGGAGGACAGAUAUGGAGGCCGAGACAAUUUCCGUUCGCCUCCUCGAAGGCCAAAUGAGUAUGAUUACGGGGAUUCUAGAGGUGAAAGUCGGUAUGGGAACUAUGGUAUGACGAGGAGGUCUAGGUCUUAUGGUGAUAUGAGUGAGGCAGUGGGGAGGGAAGGGAGAGAGGGGAAAAGAACCGUGACUCCAUUGAGGGAAAUGAAGCCAGAGAGGCUUUUUGGUAAGAUGGGACACUUGCAGAGGCUGUUGGAUAGGUUCCUGUCUUGUCGUCCUACAGGCUUGGCCAAGAACAGUAGGAUGAUCUUGAUUGCAUUGUACCCCGUUGUGAAGGAGAGUUUUCAGUUAUACGCGGAUAUUUGUGAAGUUUUGGCUGUGUUGCUUGACAGGUUCUUUGAUAUGGAGUAUCCAGAUUGUGUCAAGGCCUUGGAUGCAUAUGCAAGUGCAGCAAAACAGAUUGAUGAGCUGAUUGCAUUUUAUAAUUGGUGCAAGGACACCGGAGUGGCAAGAUCAUCAGAAUAUCCUGAAGUGCAAAGGAUUACAAGCAAAUUGUUAGAGACAUUGGAGGAGUUUGUGAGGGACAGAGCUAAGAGACCAAAGAGUCCAGAGAGGAAGGAGGAAGCUCCUCCUGUUGCUAAGGAGGAGCCUGAGCCUGAUAUGAAUGAGAUAAAGGCACUACCUCCACCUGAGAAUUACACUCCACCACCACCGGAGCCUGAACCUGUGCCUGAGCCUAAGCAGCCACAAGCAGCAGGCGAUUUGGUGGAUCUGAGGGAAGACAAUGUCACUGCCGAUGACCAGGGGAACAAAUUGGCUCUAGCUCUGUUUAAUGGCCCCCCUGCUAAUGGGAAUGGGUCAUGGGAAGCAUUCCCAUCUAAUGGGCAGCCUGAAGUGACAUCUGCUUGGCAGACUCCAGCUGCCGAACCAAACAAGGCAGAUUGGGAAUUGGCUUUGGUUGAGACAGCAAGCAAUUUGUCAAGGCAGAAGGCAGCUUUGGGUGGUGGGUUUGAUCCAUUGUUGUUGAAUGGCAUGUAUGAUCAAGGAAUGGUGAGGCAGCAUGUUAGUACUGCUCAGUUGAGUGGGGGAAGUGCCAGCAGUGUGGCAUUGCCUGGGUCAGGGAAGAGUACAACACCGGUGUUGGCUCUUCCAGCCCCUGAUGGGACAGUUCAGACAGUUAACCAGGAUCCUUUUGCUGCAUCAUUGAGCGUUCCACCUCCAUCCUAUGUACAGAUGGCUGACAUGGAGAAGAAACAGCAUUUGCUUGUACAGGAGCAGCAGGUGUGGCAGCAAUAUGCAAGGGAUGGGAUGCAAGGUCAAACUAGUUUGGCUAAGAUUGGCACCUCUGGAUACUACGCCCCAGGUCCUAUGCCUAUGGCUAUGCCUUAUGGAAUGCCACCAGUUAAUGGGAUGGGGCCUCCACCUGGUUAUUACUAUACCCCUUACUGAUUUUUUCACUAUAAACAGCUUACAGCUUUUCUUUGUUGUUCUUUAUGUUUUAUUUCUAGUGUUGUCUUUUUUUGUGAUAAUAUGGUGAUGUUCCUGCAAUUCGUGCUUAAAAAUAUGGGAAGAGGGAGAUGGGAGACUUGAGUUUAUGAGCUUACUCAUUGUGGGAGUUUUUGAUGCUGGGAGAUCCUCAUAAUCUGAUUGUGAUGUCUCUGCGCUUUGUACUAUUAGAAUUCAAUCGAUAUUGUAAGUUCAUCCUGUUUGUGACAUUUACGUGCCUGUUGAUAGUAAUUAAAAAUUGUUGCACUAA